CACUACUUCUUCCAAACUUUCUUACUCACUUUUCUUCUCUCUCUUUAUUACAAAAAUCAUUAUAAAGAAAGAAAAAGAAAAAACCCCUUUUAACAAACUCAUUUAUAUAUAUACAUCUUCUUUAAUUUUAUUCAUAUCAUAACCAAAAACCAAAACACCUCUACUCUCUUCUGUUCUCUCUGUUCUCUAAAAAUGGCACAAGCCACAGUCUGUGUAAUGGACGCUUCAGGUGAAUUGGGCUUGGGCCUCGUCGUGGGCCUUAUUCAAAGGGGCUAUACAGUUCAUGCAGUCCUUCAAAACCAUGGUAAUCAUGUUAAUAAGUUGAAGUUUGAUGAGAUAAUGAAUGAGGGAAAUAAUAAUAAGAAUAUUAUUAAUAAGGUGAAGAUUUUUCAAUCAGACCCAUUUGAUUAUCAAAGCAUAAUCGAUGCAUUGAGGGGUUGUUCUGCCUUGUUUUACUCAUUCGAACCUCCACAAGAUCAACCCGAUUAUGAUGAAUUUAUGGCUGAUGUGGAAGUAAGAGCAGCACACAAUGUUCUAGAAGCAUGUGGUCAAACAGAUACAAUUGAGAAAGUAAUCUUCUCAUCUUCAAUCACAGCCGUUGUUUGGAGAAAUGAUCGUACAUCUAUGUUAUCUGAUUUGGAUGAACGACACUGGAGUGACGUUAAUCUUUGUCGUAAUUUCAAGUUAUGGCAUGGGCUGUCAAAGACCCUAGCAGAGAAGACAGCUUGGGCUUUGGCAAUGGACCGAGGAGUGAAUAUGGUGUCCAUUAACGCGGGCUUGUUAAUGGGCCCCCAAUUGACGAUCAACAACCCAUAUUUGAAAGGAGCAGCGGAGAUGUACGAAGACGGAGUAUUCGUGACCGUUGAUUUGGAUUACUUAGUGGACGCUCACAUAGCCGUCUUAGAAGAUGUCUCAUCCUACGGUCGAUAUUUAUGCUUCAACCACAUCAUUAAUCAGACGGAAGAUGCUCUUCAACUUGCUAGAAAAUUAGCCCCUUCCACACCUUCCCCACCUCAAAGCCAUGAGCAAGAUAAGAGGAUUAUCCAAGAGAAAAUCAGCAACAAAAAGUUGAACAAAAUGAUGAUAGAUUUUGAGAAGUAGAGAGUGAUGUACAAUUGUUUAUAAUCCCAUUCUUUUGGUUCCCUAGCUAAACUAAGAUUAUUAUUUAUAACCAAGUGGAUGAGAUUUUUUGUUGUAGAUCUUUAAUUUUUUUUAAAAAAAUUAUUAGGGAGAAUCAGAUUAGUAACCCUCUUACUUCUAAUUACUAUAUUUUAAAAUUAGAAUAGAGGGAUUUUAAAAUACAAAUGGUUCAACCCAACCUCACUAUCUCAAAAUUAUUUAUGUAAUAUGCUUUAAUUUCAACAAAAAUGAGAAGAAGAAAAACAAAAGAGAGUUAUUCUAUUCUUUUUA